GCGAGACAGUUCACACGGCCGGCCGGAGGGUCAGAUUGGGCCCGCGAGGCGGAAACCCGCCCCCGUAGUUCCGGCUAGCGCAGCCCCGGCAAGAGUGGCAGCAUGGAGGAGGCGCCCCACGGCUGCCCCGGGGCCGACAGCGCCCAGGCGGGCCGAGGAGCCUCGUGCCAGGGAUGCCCCAACCAGAGGCUGUGCGCGUCGGGCGCCGGCGCCGCACCGGACCCGGCUGUGGAGGAAAUCAAGGAGAAGAUGAAGACGGUGAAGCACAGAAUCUUGGUGCUGUCUGGGAAGGGCGGCGUUGGGAAGAGCACGUUCAGUGCCCACCUCGCCCACGGCCUGGCAGAAGAUGGAGACACGCAGGUCGCCCUUCUGGACAUCGAUAUCUGUGGGCCGUCGAUUCCCAAGAUCAUGGGCUUGGAAGGAGAGCAGGUUCACCAGAGUGGCUCCGGCUGGUCCCCAGUGUACGUGGAGGACAACCUGGGGGUGAUGUCUGUGGGUUUCCUGCUCAGCAGCCCUGAUGAUGCUGUCAUCUGGAGGGGACCGAAGAAAAAUGGCAUGAUCAAGCAGUUCCUCCGUGAUGUAGACUGGGGAGAUGUCGACUACCUCAUUGUAGAUACCCCACCCGGCACAUCCGAUGAACACCUCUCUGUCGUCCAGUAUCUGGCUGCGGCGCACAUUGAUGGGGCGGUGAUCCUCACCACCCCUCAGGAGGUGGCCCUCCAGGAUGUCCGGAAAGAGAUAAGCUUCUGCCACAAGGUGAAGCUGCCCAUUAUUGGUGUGGUGGAGAACAUGAGCGGCUUCAUUUGCCCCAAGUGCAAGAAAGAGUCCCAGAUCUUCCCUCCCACAACUGGGGGUGCAGAGGCCAUGUGCCAGGACCUGAAGAUCCCUCUUCUGGGCAGAGUGCCACUGGAUCCACUCAUCGGUAAGAGCUGUGACAAAGGGCAGUCGUUCUUUGUUGAAGCCCCAGAUUCACCAGCCACAGCAGCCUACCGAAGUAUAAUUCACAGUGAGUGCUUGAGACGGCUACUGGCAGGAAGUCCCUGGAGGGGCGACGUGGGCAGAAACAGAAGGGCGAUCACCUGGCUCCUCGGGAGACUUCUCCCCAUGUGUCCGUGUUGUGAGCUAAUUCUUAGUUUGAGAAACAGGGAGGGUGAAGUUGAUAGCGUGGGAGAUACAAGCCGUAAAGGCCAGUAACACUGAUUGAAAUCCUACUGUGGAAGGCCAGAGCGAGCCAUGGCAGCUGUGGGCCUGGGUCCUGCGGAGGGGACAGGCGAGAGCUCACCCCUCACUUAUU